AUGUUCGCGAUACAGCCGGACCAGCAGUAUCCGGUGAAGCUCGACCAAUACGACAUCGCCGACAUUCAACGUUUGUACGGUGAAAAAAUUGAGAACGAUAAGCCGCGUCGGACGCCAGCGCCGGCGCCACCGCCGCCGCCGUCGCCGGACCUGUGCAGCCUCGAUCGCGUAAACGGGAUAUUGAUUUUGGAAAAUCGAAUGUACAUCUCGUACAAACGUUACGUUUGGUCGGUCGAUCUGGACGGUAGGACGUACAACGGACCUUUAGCCCUCUCGAAGCACAUGAGCUUUCUUCACGACAAUUACACGCGCGUGACCGCUGCCUAUCAAUCCCCGUCCGGCGAUCUCAUGGUGUUCGUAGAUAAUUUAGUAUACUUGGUUCAAUAUCCGGAAUUUAGUCUACGGCCAGGUUGGCCGAAGACCCUGCAAGAACUCGGAUUUCCCGAAAACGCGCUGAUCAACGGAGCGGUGAACACCCACAGAGGACGUUCCUACGUGGUGUACAACGGUAACGCGGGGGGCGAAAAAAACGAAACCCACCGGAACAAGAGAGUCGCCAAAUUUACGCCCCUCGAGGCGACGUUUCCCGGAAUACCGAAAGGCGUGACGUCGAUAUUCCGCUACAUCGACGGCAAUCUGUACUUCACCACUCGGUCGCAGUUUUAUAAAUUCAACGAAUUUACGAGGACCGUCUCGUCGGCCGGUAAAUUCGAUCUGCGGAUACUGAAUAUCGUCUGCCCUAAGGCCGAACUGAUGCAGCAGUUGCGCGAUCUCCUCGAUCGAAUCGUACGCUUCAACGAUAACUCGCUAACGUCGGCGAGCGAUUAUUGGAACGAUGACGACACCGGAGUUCGGCUCUCCGAUUUCCGCAUCCGCCGAAGGAAGUAG